AUGACGACCGUGAAACACCAGCCCUUGUUAUCGGGGGAGGUGAGCGACGAGAUGGAUUGCCAUCCGUUCAAGACACUCCCGCUCGAGCUGCGACUUCUCAUUUGGGAGACUUUCGGUUCCGAACCACGAACGUUCGAAUACAAAGAAGACACGGGCCUCAUCAGACCGUCCCGCGAAUACCGCCACCCACGCCGCGUCGGACUAGCCGUCUGCGCGGAGUCGCGGAAAGCAAUUCAAGCUCUCCUGAAGCCCUUCGAGCACCCCCACGACCUGGACAAGCGCAGCGUCCUCCCAGCACCGCUCCAACACAUCCCGGCGGAAGACCUCUUCUACCUCCCGCCGCUGGUGUACCGCAGCCGCAUCCAGGCCUGGGACUCCCUCUGGACGACGAAGCCGGGCGUCAGAAACGUCGGAGUCCACUGGUCCGUCCUCUGCGACGAGCGGCGCAUCGCGGAGGCUCUGAAGGCUCUGAGGAGGUGCUUUGUGCACAUGCAGAGGCUGGUGGUGUUUGUUGAGUUCAAGGCGCUGCCGGAGCCCGAGGAGGACGCGUGUGCUGGCGGGAUCGUGCGGGUGAUGGGACCCGUGGAGGAUGAGUACAAGCUGCCGUCACUGUUUUCGGAGGCCCAUGGGUUGACGGAUGAGUUUUGGACCUGGGGAGAGAUGAGGUUGGCGAUUGAGCGCGUUAGGAGGGGGAUCGUUGGCGCGGCGGACGUCGAGGGGGUGCUUUAUUGCAGAGAGGUCGAGGACGGACCGGAUUUUUGA